GCGCAAAUGGCAGCUCACAAAUUCCUUACCACCAGCAGUCGUACAUCAUGGCGAAUUGCUCUUCCAUGCUCAUUAAUGAUGAAAGGUUUGGGUACUCGCCUAGGAUAAGGAACAUGAUCCGGCAUGGACAGUUUGAAAGAGCAGCUUGCAGAGAUCCACGGUCUGCUUCGAAUAGAUCCCGACAAUGACGACCUCAAGAAUCUUGCUGUAGAUCUCGAAAACCUCAUUGCGCUCCAAGACCAAACACUAGCUAACCCAGACAACGCAACCAGUAGUCAUGAUCCAGGCGCAGAACUAGGGUCUACUGGGUCGGCAGCAGUCGAGGACAAUGUGAGCUGAAAUAUCUCGUACUUUGCCAACGCAAGUCUAAGCAGAUCCUGAUGGCUCGAGAUUGGUUAUUCAAGACAAUAGACUUGACGCAGGAUCCGAACGAAUUCAACCUCAAAGAGGGCGGAAAGUGUUGCGUUCCCUUCAGCGUGGCAUCGGCCACCUAUUUCCUACCUGCUAUGGUUUUACGACUCGAUCGUGAGUCGGACGAAGCAACCGUUCUGAUACUAACGCCGUUGACAAGGGAAUCGCGCCCAUGUGACUGGUUUCUGGACGGGCGCUGCAAUGCGGACAAAUGCGGGCGAUCCCACGGGAUAAUUAUGUCGCUAGAGCAUUUGCUGCCCACAGAAGUCUUGAAUCAAGGCUCCAUCAAGGAAGGCGCCAAAGUUUUGGCACGAUAUCGGGAUGGAAUAUACUACAGAGCAAGCGUGGUCGCAAUGGAGGGUCCUGAUGGCCCGUUUUGGGUGAACUAUGAAGGUUAUGGGGACGAAAAGACCAAGCUCAAUGCAGAUGAGCUGGUCCCAGUUUCCGGAUUGGGUGUUGAAGACCAUCUCGAAAAUUCAGGCGAGAAUGGAUCGGAGGAGGAGUCCGAGUCUGAUGAGUGGACGUCAGACAGUCAAGAACAUGAUGAUGAUAACGAAGACGGACCAUCGGAUGAGACGAGAGUUACAUUCCACUACGGUGAUGGAGAGGCUAUGGGAACAUGGGAGGCUCAUACGAAAGGCAUUGGCGGCAAACUGCUUGCAAAAAUGGGUUAUAGAAUCGGCAAAGGUUUGGGCAAAGAAGGGGAAGGUCGACUGAGGCCCGUCGAAGCUGAAGUUCUUCCCGCUGGGAAAGGUCUUGGUGUUGUGGUUGAGAGAUCACAGCGGAAGCGGAAAAGGCCACGGGAACCGGGUGAUGCAAAGGGACGACACAAGCGGAAACACAAGGGAGGUCGUGAUGCCAAAUCAGGUCAAGAGUCAGAACAACAUACUCCUCCAGCGGACGUGUUUGACUUUCUCAACACGUCGCUUAACGAAAAAUCCACCAAAUCGUCAGCAUACAUUUCAAAGCCUGAACCCCAUACCAAGGCAAAACAGCCCGAUAAGCAAAAGCUCCAUGUGGACUUGAUCAACGUCCAGACAAAAGCUUCCCAGCUCGUAGCCGCCCUCUCUCGAGCUAAAGAAGCAUUGGCUCGCAAUAAAGGCGAUCCGAAGAUUGCUGCGUCGUAUCGGGCAAAAAUACACGACUUGGAGGGCACAUUACGAAGUGUGCAACAAAGCGAGGCAGCGAUUCAAAGACGGUUAAAUACAGAAAAACAGAAAAAGAAUAUGAUAAACUUUUAAAUCCAGGAUGUGAAUACGCAACUUCCAGCAUGUGCUGGUAAAAUAUUGUCCUCUGGUGCUGGGCAAUAACCAAUCCCA